CGCAACGCAGCGGAGACGUCGCACCCUCGCGCGCGCGCACACGCACACGCACGCAGACACGCAGGAGCGUGACGACGAGGGGAAGGAGCACCUGUGUCCCCUCCACUCCGCCCCCCUUUCCUUAUUCUCUCACACGCAUGCGCACUCACGAGCACUCACACACUUGGAGAGGUCCCGAGCAGACGUCCUUAUGUGUGGAUGGGAGCAAAGCUACACCGCGACCUCUCAAAGCUCGGCCAUGUUGACCAGUGAGGGGGCGCACGCCGUGGAGCAGGACGACGCCCACCGCGCCGCCAAGACGGCCGCCGCCGCUGGCUCGGACGGCGCCGAGACGGCCGGCGACUCCGAAGUGGACAUGGACGCCGACGAGGCGGACAUGUCUCGCUGGACGGAGGCGGAGUUUGAGGAAAAGUGCACGUACAUCGUCAAGGACACCACGUGGGAGGCGGGGCCCGAGGCCGAGUUCGCCGCCAACAUCACCAGGGCUGAGGCCUCGCUGCCCCGGAACCUGGGUUUCAAACACACGGCAGACGGCAAGGAGGUGGUGGGUGUGUGCAGCAGAGAGUACAUCCCCAAAGGGACGCGCUUCGGCCCCCUGGUGGGUGAGAUCUACACGGCCGACAGCGUCCCCAAAGACGCCAACCGCAAGUACUUCUGGCGGAUCUACGCGGACGGCGACUUCCGCCACUUCGUGGACGGCCUGAACGAGACGCGCUCCAAUUGGAUGCGCUACGUUAACCCCGCCCACUCGGCGGGCGAGCAGAACCUGGCGGCGUGUCAGAACGGCAUGGAGGUCUACUUCUACACCGUGGGCGCCAUCCCCGCCGGCGCCGAGCUGCUGGUGUGGUACUGCCACGACUUCGCCCGCCGCCUGCACUACCCGCCCUCCGGGGAGCUGAUGAUGCAGAGACUCAAGCAGUCACUGCUGGAGGUCAAGCAGCAGGCGAGUGCUGGCGAUCGCGCGGCCCAGGCGUCGGGACCCUUCCCGCCCGCCGCAGCCGCCGCCACCCCCAAGGCCCCUAAGAAGGAGCACAGCGUCCAGUCCAUCCUGCGCGGCAGCAACAGCGAGUCUUCCGCCCGGCCGCGCUGCGCCUACAGCCCCGACCGCCCUCUCUACCCCCGUGCCCUGUACCCACCUCUAAGGGGCCACGUCAGCGAGGACUUUCUCAAAGCGUUUCCCCGAUCCCCUGGCAACCAGUCGUCGGCCACGCCUAGCCCAUCAGCGAGGAGCAGCCCCGAGAGCAGCCCCCGAGGGAGCCCGUCCACUCCUGCUCAAGCUUCGUUUUUCCCUGGAUUGGGUCCCUACCCCAGCUACUCACCGCCAUCCGCCCCUCUGUCACCCUUCUAUACCCCAGCUGCGCCCUACUCACGCUACAUCCUGCCCCAUCACUAUCCCUUGCCCGGCAGCGGCGUCCCCACCGUAGGAAACAUCUACCCCAGGAUGUACCCCCUCUACAGCAACCUCCUUCCCCCACACAUGCCCCUACUCCCAUCAGACGCAGCUGGGAGGCGCUUUCUUAUGUCCGACUCCACCCAGCCAUCUUCCAUCCCGGCCCACAGGGACUUCCUCCUGCCAGGGCCCACUAGUGCCUUCUCGGCCGCCACCUCUCUCAAGGACAAGGCGGGCCCCCACCACACUUAUGGCGGGCACCCCCACCCUUCUGGGCACACUCCCUCCAACGGAUCUCCUACUGCAGGCACGGCGCCGCCCAGUGAGCGGGCACCCACCAAGCCUACCUCCGCCCUCCUGGGUGAGCCCAUUUCCGACGAGGAAGUGAUGAACCUGAGCAAAGUGAAGCGGGGCGUCAACUCGGCGGGCUACAAGGCGCUGCCGUAUCCGCUGAAGAAGCACAACGGAAAGAUAAAGUACGAGUGCAACAUCUGCAGCAAGACUUUUGGACAGCUGUCAAACCUCAAGGUACACCUCCGAGUCCACAGCGGCGAGCGCCCCUUCAAGUGUCAGACAUGCAACAAGGGCUUCACGCAGCUGGCUCACCUGCAGAAACACUACCUGGUCCACACGGGCGAGAAGCCGCACGAGUGCCAGGUGUGUCACAAGCGCUUCAGCAGCACCAGCAACCUCAAGACUCACCUGCGCCUCCACUCGGGCGAGAAGCCAUACCACUGCAAGCUCUGCCCCGCCAAGUUCACCCAGUUUGUGCACCUCAAGCUCCACAAGCGCCUGCACUCCCGCGAGCGGCCGCACAAGUGCCUGCAGUGCCACCGCCACUACAUCCACAUGUGCAGCCUGCGCCUCCACCUCAAGGGCUACUGCCCGGCCUCGCCCGCCCCGUGCCGGACCCCCCCGGAUGAGGUGCGGCGCGCCAACGAGGAGAUCGAGCGCUUCGACAUGAGCGAGCACGCCGAGCAGCUGGAGCAGCUGCGCGGCGGCGUAGAGCUGGAGGCCGUGCUGGAGAAGCAGGUCCUGGGGAUGCUGUGGCGAGACGGCGAGUGCCCGAAGGCGGCCCGCUUCAGGGGCGGCGAACUUCCCUACGAGGUGGCGUCGGUCAUCAAGAUGCGGCCGCUCGUCGUCAAGCAGGAGAGCGAGGAUCACGUGUAAAUGAACACACAACCACUUCCUGGGGCGCUGGCGGCCGUCAGGAGGCCUUCAGGGACUUGCCACUCAGGGCUGAACUUUGACAAUCACAGAGCGUUUUCUUCCCGUCCAAAUGUAGCCUCUUAAUUUAUUAGCGGGACCACGUCUUUGCCUCUCCUCUUCGCCUCAUACGCUCCAAAAACUUCGAGAGGAACUCCGUCUCCACGCCGGCGUUCCCCAAAGUGUGACUGUGUCCUUUUCCCACGCCUGCUUAAUUUAAAUGAAAGGAACAAAGGGCGGUGUGUGUGUUUGUGUGUGUGUUUGUGUCUCACAACAGUUACCUCAGUGUGUGUGCGAAGGGAAGGCUGACGAUGGAUGGUUCUAUUUAUUUGCUCUUCGGCGAGGCGGAGACAGCGCCGAGCAGCAGACGGCGUGCAGCUGGUCAACAUGUAGCACAACUCGUUUUGUCGUUUUUAUUUUGAAUCCCAAAGUCCCCCCGCUAUGAGAUGAGAAUCAGCACCUCCAAGUCCGAGUCCAUGGUUCUCGCCCGGAAAAGGGUGGGGUGCCAUCUCCGGGUUGGGGAGGAGACCCUGCCCCAAGAGGAGGAGUUCAAGUACCUUGGGGUCUUGUUCACGAGUGAGGGAAGAGUGGAUCGUGAGAUCGAUAGGCGGAUCGGUGCGGUGUCUUCAGUAAUACUGACGCUGCAUUGAUCCGUUGUGGUGAAGAAGGAGCUGAGCCGGAAGGCAAAGCUCUUAAUUUACCGGUCGAUCUACGUUUCCAUCCUCACCUAUGGUCAUGAGCUUUGGGUUAUGACCGAAAGGACAAGAUCACGGGUACAAGCGGCCGAAAUGAGUUUCCUCCGCCGGGUGGUGGGGGCUCUUCCUAAGAGAUCGGGUGAGAAGCUCUGCCAUCCGGGAUGAGCUCAAAGUAAAGCUGCUUCUCCUCCACAGCGAGAGGAGCCAGAUAAGGUGGUUCGGGCAUCUGGUCAGGAUGCCACCCGAACGCCUCCCUAGGGAGGUGUUUAGGGCACAUCCGACCAGUAGGAGGCCACGGGGAAGACCCAGGACACGUUGGGGAGACUAUGUCUCCCGGCUGGCCUGGGAAGAGCCAGACGAAGUGGCUGGGGAGAGGAAAGUCUGGGCUUCCCUGCUUAGGCUCCUGCCCCUGCGACCCGACCUUGGAUAGGCGGAGGAAGAUGGAUGGAUGGAUGGGUGGAUGGAUGGAUGGAUGGAUGGAUGGAUAGAAGUCCCCCCCGGCCAGCGACCUCCACUCGACACGAGAAACCAAAUUUCACUGGAACGGAAAGAGAACGGGAAGAAUGUGAAAGGAAAGGGAUGAAGUCGUCGGGGGCAGGCGGGAGGAGCGGAGACUUUGGCUGGUUGGUCCGUAGCCCCACCCACACAAGCACGUCCCUAUGCACUGGCCCCGCCCACUACUCCUCCACUGUGUGCAGCUUUUUUGUUGUUUUCUCCGUCUUUCGGAACUGUGUCUCGCCGAGCUUUAACGACUGUCUCUGUUUACAUUCUGGUUUACAAAAGUUUAUUUAUGUGAAAAAAUGUCCAAAUGUGUAAAUUAUGAUAACUUUAAAUGUUCACUGCCUUUCAUCUAAA